AAAAUUAGGUGACUCCAGCACUUAAAUAUCGAUUAAAAUGGCUACAUACAUCACAUUUUUAGCUCUGCAAGAUUAUAUCAUAAGAUAAUACAAUUCACCUUUUAACUUAUCGAUAUCUACAAAUGAUAACGCGGGUUCCCGUAACUAACCAGAAAAUACUCGGGCUCAGUCGACGAGCUACUGCAAUGCUUCGUAUUACAACGUCUGCAAUAAAAGUACGGAAUUCCAUCGAUGUGAUCAAAUAUUAUUUGGCAUCUUAUUGAGUGAUUCUAGUGAUUAAAAGUGUGGAUCGACAAAGAUUAGAAAUGUAUUCGAAUGGAGAUUUUGUUUGGGUUGAGGAUGAAACUAUUCGAGGUGAAUUCAAAAUACACAAAGGCUGUACAAUUGUUAAAAUCGAUAAGAAAAAGAUUCAAAUACAAGACGAUGAUGGCAAUAUGGAAUGGAUAAAGCCUGAAAAAAUUAUAAAACCCAUACAUGCAUCAUUGGUCCACCCAGUAGAUGACAUGAUACAUUUAGAUGAUUUACAAGAGCAUACAAUUUUAAGAAACCUCCACAUAAGAUACAGAAAACAAAUUAUCUAUACAUAUAUUGCAGAUAUGUUAGUAGCUAUCAAUCCUUAUCAAGUAUUGAACAUUUAUUCCAUGAAUGAAGUGACAACGUAUUCUGAACGUAAAUCAGAAUCAUUGCCACCGCAUAUAUUUGCAACAAGUGAUAAAUGUUUUCGAACUAUGAUCAAUACUAAACAAAAUCAAUGUAUUCUUAUAAGCGGAGAAAGCGGAGCCGGAAAAACAGAAAGUACAAAAUUAAUCUUGCAGUAUUUAACAACCAUCAGUGCGGGUGGUCAUUCGUGGAUUAAACAACAAAUUCUUGAAACGAAUCCAAUACUUGAAGCCUUUGGAAAUGCUAAAACUCCAAAAAAUGAUAAUUCAUCGAGAUUUGGAAAAUACAUUAACAUACAUUUCAACAAAAAUGGAGAGAUCGAAGGAGCCCGGAUCGAUUAUUACUUAUUAGAAAAAAGUAGAGUAGUUAUGCAAUCGAAGAUUGAGAGAAAUUAUCACAUUUUUUACGCAAUACUCGCAGGUCUAAGUAAUGAGGAAAAAUCAAAACUGUACUUAGGAAAUGCUUCUGAUUACAAUUACUUGCAUGGAAUAAGCACGUGCAACAAUAGGAAUGAUGCUAAAACUUUUGCUGAUGUCAAAGCAGCUGUACAAGUACUGCAUUACGACGAGGAGGCUUUUUCGAAUGUUAUCCGUUUACUCGCUAUGAUUUUGCAUUUGGGAAACGUUAAAUAUAAAGCUACAACAAUCGAGCAUACUGAUGCAACAGAAAUUCAUGACCAAGUUAGCUUAAAAAGAUUGAGCGAAUUCUUAGGAGUUGAUGAAAAGACUUUAAAUAAUGUUUUAACAAAACGUAGUCUUUUAGUCAAUGAAGAACUUGUUAUAAGUAAUUUAUCAAAAGCGCAAGCGUUCGAAGUUCGAGAUUCGUUUGCUAAAAUAGUUUAUGACAAAAUUUUCGAAAGGAUUGUGGGAGAUAUAAAUAAAACAAUACAAAAUCUCAAGCUACGAGUAAAAAAUGCGAUCGGCAUUCUUGAUAAUUCAGGAUUCGAAAAUUUCGAUGUUAAUAGUUUUGAACAGUUGUGCAUCAAUUACGCUAAUGAGCAUUUGCAACAAUUUUUCGUUCAACAUAUAUUCAAGAUAGAGCAAGAAAACUAUAUUGCAGAGGGAAUAUCUUGGAAUAUUAUAAACUUUGAUGACAAUCAAGAAGUAAUUGAUCUUAUAGGGUUGAAGCCUCUGAAUAUAAUGUCUCUUAUCGACGAAGAAAGCAUUUUUCCAAAGGGGUCAGACACCAGUUUAUUGUCAAAAUUUUCUUUGAUUCACGGAACAAACAAUUGCUUCAAAAAACCAAAAUCCAGUUUGAUAAAUGAAUUUGGUAUAAACCACUUUGCCGGGAACGUGCAGUAUCAUGUAACUGGUUUCCUCGAUAAAAACCGAGACAUGUUUUCCAUUGAUUUCAAACAGCUUAUAGCAGCUUCAGCUAAUAAGUUCUUAAAAAGUUUAUUUUCUGAAAAAGAACUGCAAAUAAAAAACGACAACAACAGAAGAUCUACGACGCUAACAAUGAAAUUUAAAGAAUCUUUAGAAUCACUAUUGAACACUCUUCAAAAAUGCAAUCCAUUUUUCAUAAGAUGCAUUAAACCUAACGAUAGCCAAUCUUCGAAGGUUUUUGAUAGAAUACUGUGCAUUAGACAAUUGCGCUAUGUAGGAUUGACGGAUACAGCAAAAAUACGUCGCGCUGGUUAUCCAUGCCGCUACGAAUAUGCAGAAUUUGUCCAACAUUUUCGUGCUCUAAUUCAAAAAAUUGAUACGUCACAUGCGUCGAGCUAUAAAAAUGUAACCAGUCAAAUUUGCGACAAGAUUUUAAAGGAAAGCCAAAGCAACUAUCAACUCGGCUGCACGAAAGUUUUUUUGAAGGAAUAUCAAAAUAAAUUACUUGAAGAAAAAAGAACGGAGGCCUUGAACGCUUACGCUAUUGUAGUUCAAGGAUAUUUUAAGAUGUGGGUGAUCCGAAAAAGAUUCUUGGAAGUGAAACUUGCUGUAGUAACAAUUCAAAAAAAUUGGAGGGCAUGUCGACAACGACAUAAUUACAAAAUAAUACGGUUAGGUCUACUUCGUCUUCAGUCGAAGAUAAGAUCAAGAUAUCACGAAGCUGAAUUUCAAAGAAAACGUAGAAUCAUAAUAUCGUUACAAGCUCUAUGUCGUCGAUAUCUUGUGCUUAAAUAUUGUGAGGAAAAAAGAAAAGUGGCGAAAAAUAAAAAACUUCAAGCUCUUAAAAAUGAAGCAAUAAACAAUCUUCAAGAAAAUUCAAGAAGUAAAAUGAAAUCAACACUACCAACUAACGAUCAAGGCCAUAACAUUGAUUCGAUUUUUGAUUUUCUUGAUAGCGAGACUCAAAGCAUUAAUUCAAGAAAGUCUUCCAUUGAAGUCCAGAAAGAAGUUGUCAAAAAAAGUUUGUCUUGGAAAAAUUCAUUAAGAAUACCUAAUGAAAUACUCGAUUCAGAAAUCACGUCUUAUGAUUUCUACAAAUUCGCAGCUAUAUAUUUUACUGGUAACGCAACACCAUAUUUCGCCAAAAAGCCUCUAAAACAGUCACUUCUGGAUCUUCCUCGCUUAUCUGAUCAGAUGGCAGCGAAAGCGUUGUCGACUACCAUAUUUCGAUUUAUGGGCGACUUAGAGGAACCGGAUACGCCUACUGAAAUGUACAACAGCAAGAUGACAGUUAACACGAUCUCAGAAACAAUGUCGACAAAUUAUUUUAAUACUGAUAACUUUCAUAACAAACGAUUGAAUGAAGGAAAUCAUCAUUUUCUAAGAAUGACAUUAAAAAAGAAGAACAAACUUAACAAUAGUAUAACAAAAGGAAUCAUCAAUGAUGAAUAUAACAGUUGGUUAAACACUGAAAGGUCGAAUCUAGAAAAGUUGCAUUUUAUUAUUGGCCACGGAAUACUUCGUCCUGAACUGAAAGACGAGAUAUAUUGCCAAAUAGUUAAGCAACUUCUACACAAUCCAUCUAAAUCGUCUCUUGCAAAAGGAUGGGUACUUCUUUCACUUUGCGUUGGUUGUUUUGCCCCAUCAGAAAAAUUGAUCAAUUACCUGAAGUCGUUCAUCAAAACUGGGCCCUCUGAAUAUGCACCGUUUUGCGAAAAUCGACUGAUAAGAACUUAUCAAAAUGGUUCUCGAACACAACCACCUUGUUGGAUAGAAAUGCAGUCAGUAAAAUACAAACGGCCUAUAUUUUUGAGUGUGAAUUUUAUGGAUGGGAAUUCAAAAGUAAUUAUGGCUGAUCCUGCAACUACAGCACAAGAGAUUGUUGAUAGUUUAGCAACCAGCAUAAAACUUAAAGACAUUUUUGGCUUUUCGCUAUUUAUCACAAUCGAUGAUAAAAUUGUAUCCUUAGGUUCAGAAAAAGAACACGUUAUGGAUUCUAUAUCUCAGUGUGAGCAAUAUGCAAAGGAACAGGGUAUUUCGGAGCGUGAUGCUUCAUGGCGGCUUUUAUAUCGAAAAGAAAUAUUUUCACCUUGGCAUGAUCCUGCUGAAGAUCAAUCUGCUACAGAUCUUAUAUAUCAUCAAAUAUGUAAGGGGUUAAAAUCAGGAGAAUAUAGGUGCCAUAACGAAAAUGACAUAGCUAUGCUUAUUGCACAACAAUUGUAUGUACAAUAUCGUGCGAUACCAAAAAAUUUAAAAAGCAUUCUACAUUCAUACAUUCCGAAUCAACUUCUUCAAGGAAAUACGAAACAAGUAUCUUCUAGAUUAGAAAAAUUAGUUAUUGAAACUUUUCAAAAGAAACUAAAGAUAUCUAGUGAUUCGAGCAAGACUAAAGAAAAUAUUAUAAUGUACGCUAAACAUACUUGGCCUCUACAAUUUUCUAAAUUCUAUGAAGCUAACAAAAUUUUUAAUCCAGAAUCUAAUUUAUCUGAAAUAAUCAUUGCCGUGAAUUCUUCAGGCAUCUACUUUAUCGAUGAUAAAAAAAAUAUUAUCCAACAAUUUCCCUACCCGCAAAUAUCAGAAGUGAAUUAUCAAAAAAAUGAUAAUGCGAUUCUUCACAACCUGACAAUUUCAACCAUACAAAGAGAAGAAUUUGUGUUUCAAAGUAUCACAGCUGAAAGUUUCGCGAACCUUGUAAAUUAUAUAAUGGAUGGCCUUAGACGAAAAUCUAUUUAUGUAGUAGCGAUUCAGGAUUACGCUAAUGAUGAAAACAUAGAGACUAAUUUAGGCUUUAAAAAAGGAGAUAUUAUAAAAUUAACCGACGGUUGUACAGGAAACGAUAUAAUAACAUCUCAAUGGAGUACUGGUGAAAAAUUGGGUGUUAAAGGAAAAUUUCCUUCUGAAUGCGUGUACGUUUUGCCAAUAACAGAAAAGCCAUCUCCACAAUUGACAGAACUUUUUAAAGCUGACUUUACAUCAAAAACUUCAAAUUCAAUAAAACACGAUCUGAUUCAUAAUCAGAAAAACGAUGAUUUUUAUACGUUGAAGAAAUUUGCAGAGGAACACUUCCGACCCAGUAUAAAAGUUGCUUUUACAACUGGAUCUGCUAUAUCUUCAAAAACAUUAGAUACUAUUUCCGAGGAACUAUGGAAACAUACAAGAGAGCCCAUAAAAGCUCCUCUACUCGCAAAAUUAUCGAACAAAGAUAAACAGUUUCAACAAGCUAUAAAAAUUUUUACGAAUAUCCUAAGAUACACGGGAGACCUUCCGAGCAAUAGACAAAGCACCGCCACAGAAAUCACCGAUCAAAUUUUUGGAAUAGCCCUGCAGGAUGAAUUAUUACGUGACGAAAUAUAUUGUCAAUUAAUGCGGCAGUUAACUGACAAUAAAAUACGUUUAAGCGAAGAACGUGGUUGGGAAUUAAUGUGGAUGGCAGUUGGAAUAAUGCCAUGCAGUCCAACAGUGCGCAAGGAGGUAGAACAAUUUCUGCAUUCCAGAGAUAAUGCCUUGACAAAAGACUGUUUAAAUAGACUGAAUCGAAUAAUUAAAUCUGGCACGGUUAGGAUAUAUCCUCCCUAUAUUCUAGAAGUGGAAGCUAUUCGAUUUAAAAAUCCACAGCUCACUCACAAAGUUUACUUUCCAGACAGCACGGAUGCUUCAUUUGAGAUUCAUUCGGCAACACGGGGCAUGGAUAUGUGCGACGAAAUAUCGAAAAAAUUACAACUUCAUAGUAGUGCAGGUUUCAGCCUCUACUUUCAAAUUGCCGAUCGCCUCAUUUCCAUGCCACAGUAUUAUUUCUUUUUCGAUUUUAUUCAAGAAGUAAUUGAUUGGAUAAUCCGUCUUAAACGUGUACACUCAGAUGUGACAUUUGAUACGAAAUAUCAAGUCCUUUUCAUGAAGAAGAUAUGGAUUGAUUGUCUUCCUGGACGCGACAAAAAUGCCGACUCCAAAUUUCACUUUUAUCAGGAAGCAGUCAAGUAUUUGCGAGGAAAUCACAAGUGUAACAAGCAGGACGCAAUAGAAUUGGCAGCGUUAAUCUACACGAGUGGACAUGCUGAUAGUAAAGAAGAGUUGUCACAAAUACAUUCCAAACUCCAGGAAUACAUACCUGUAGACAUGAUAGAUCUCAUGACCCCUAAAGAAUGGAAAAAACGUAUUAGCGUAGCCUACAAUGGCACCAAAAAUUUAAGUCAAGACGAAGCAAAACAGCGAUUCUUACGACGAGUCUACCAGUGGCCAACGUUCGGCUCCUCAUUCUUUGAAAUUUGUCAGACAACGGACACAAAAUUACCCGAGCAACUUGUUUUGGCUAUAAACAAAAAUGGCGUAAGCAUCAUUGACCCACGAAACAAGGAAAUUCUUUCCAUGCAUAGUUUCAGUGACAUCAGUAACUGGUCAUCCGGUGACAACUACUUUCACAUGACCAUCGGAAACUUUAUAAGUGGUCGCAAAUUGCUUUGCAAAACAGCCCUUGGUUAUAAAAUGGAUGAUUUAAUCUCUUCGUACAUUGAUUACCUUCAGGGCAAUUCCAGAGGUGAAAAAACUUCAUCGAGUAGAAAUAACAGUGUACAAUAAAGUAAACCAAAUAAGGCUUUGUAUUUAAAAAAAUGUAUAUAUUAAAAUAGAUGCCGUAUCUUUUUAAAUCAGCAAAUAUUCGAAGUAUGGAAACAAAUAAAAUAUAGAAAAUCAUAAGAACUAAUAUGUUACAUUUUAUUAAUAAAAAUAAAUUCACAUACAGAUGAUGCAAAUACAAAAUAUAUUUUAAUAGCUAAAGGAUUAUAAUACGGAGUUAAAAUAAUUAUGAGUUACACAAAAAUAAAAAAUUAUUCUUCCCGAAGGAUAGUUACGCUGUUCACACUGUAAUAAACAGAAAUCUGCAUAUUAUUUGGUUCAAUCAUGAUGUAAUUAUCAACUUUUAAUAAUCUGCAAAUGAAAAAUCCAAUUAUGAUCCAUGCAUAUUAUUCGUUAAAAAAAAAUAUAUAUUAUGUAAUGUAAUAGUUUUUUUGCGUGCCAAAAAAUGUAUAUAUUUUAAGAUUUUUACGAUAUAAGCACUUGGCAAAAUAAUAAAGCAUUUACCUAAAUACAUGAUCCUCGUAUGAUCCACCUUCGCUAGUUAGAAACAUUCUCUCGCUCAAAUCAAGAGAUUUUUUAUCAAAGUAUACGGAGAGAGCAGGGGCAAGAUCAUUUAAUGACCUACAACAUAACUUUGUUUAAUACAUAAAGCAUUUGAGACAUUA